AUGAGGCACACACUGUUGCAGAAGGAGCUCCUUCUCCUGGACGGUGGCCUCGGCACGACUCUCGAAGAUGAGCACAAGGUCAAAUUCUCUGCGGAUACACCAUUGUGGUCAUCCCACCUGUUGGUGGAAAACACUUCGACAUUGAAAGCUGUCCAGCGAGACUUUGCCAAUGCUGGUGCAGACAUGAUCCUCACGGCCACAUAUCAAACAAGUUUCCUUGGGUUCAGGAACACCAAAGUGCCGGAUCAGGAUGGCAUUGGUGCCGACGACGCAAAGCGACAUAUGCUCUCUGCUGUAAAGAUUGCUCGAGAAGCUUUCGAUGGCAGACCUGGUCUUGUAGCGCUGAGCCUAGGCGCAUAUGGAGCAACCAUGAUCCCCAGCACAGAGUACUCCGGAGAGUACGGGAGUAUGACUGAGGAAGACCUUUACAAAUUCCACACGGAGAGAAUAUCCGUCUUCACGGAGAGCAGUGAGUGGAACGACGUCGAUGUCGUGGCUUUCGAGACUCUGCCACGGAUAGACGAGGUCAAAGUAGCUAGGAGAGUCAUGAAUACCGUACCUGACAGGGAGUAUUGGGUCUCCUGCGUCUUUCCGAAUGACGAUCAGAAACUGCCUGAUGGAACUAGUAUCGAAGAACUGGUGUCAGUCAUGCUGGAGGGCGAAAGGCCACCAUUUGCCAUCGGGCUCAACUGUACCAAAAUCCACAAAGUCGCCGGGCUCAUCCAAGAGUAUGAAGAGGCAGCACAUAGACUGUCCUUCGAAUUGCCGCGGCUGGUCUUUUAUCCGGACGGCGCAGGCCGCAAAGUCUACGAUACCACAUUGCAGCAGUGGGUUGGAGACGACGGCGAUCAGCGGCCGUGGCAUGACCAGAUCUCUGAUAUCAUCCAGGAGGUCAAGAAAAGAGGCGCGUGGAAGGGGAUCAUUGUCGGAGGAUGCUGUAAAACAGCACCUGGACAUAUCAAGAAUUUGAGGCAAUCAUUGUGA